AUGCCUUCAGAUCGUGUACUGCAGCUCUGCCAAGAUACCAACACCGUCAGCUCGAUAUGGGCAAAAGACACGACUAAAGUGCCCGACAAAAUCAUACAACAGCUCUACAGCGGACAUGCUCAGGGAAAUGCUAAAGCGUUUCGGCAACCUGCUUCAGAAGAAGCGCAAAACAAGGCACUGAAAUGCGGCCGUUGGGGACCAUCGACACCAAGCCCUCUCUUCCUACAAGCCUUUACAGAUGCUCUGAAUUGCUUGGAAGCAGACCCAAUGUCAGGCGUCGUGUCGCCGCCGUUAAUGGGCUCCCACGGGACCAUGCCGUUGACUGUGAUUGCCCCCUUGGCUGAUGUUAUCCGCCACUGUGCAAAUCUCAUUGUGCGCGCAGAACGGCAAGUGUUUUUUAUAACUUGCGCUUGGUCCCCAUCCAUCGCUCAACGGCUGGUGCACGAUGCCCUGCUAGAGCUGUCGAGACGAUCAGUAGCCCGGGGAAAGCAUGUUCAAGUCAAUCUGAUGUAUGAUGGUAUGAGUAUGGCUCACCUGAAUCACUCCCACAAUGUGGUCAGCUGCGACAAGUAUACGUCCAAGGCAAUCGGACUUCCUGGUCCCCAAGAUAUUCCCAACGUCGACCUUACGGUAGUAAGCCUUCAUAAGCUGCCUCUGGGUACCCUACAUGCAAAGUUCUGUGUUGUAGACGGGAAGGUUGCGGCAAUCAUGAGCAACAAUAUGCAAGAUAACGACAAUUUGGAGAUGAUGACACAUGUGGAGGGGCCAAUCGUUGACAGCGUUUACGACACGGCAGUUAUCACCUGGAACCAGGCUUGCAAGUCAGAAAAAAAACAGCCUGCAUCGGAAGAUGGCCUACCUGUGGACAACGGUCAAAAUUUACCACCGACAAAGGCUACGAUGAAUGGUACUAUUGCUCGCGAAAAGGAACCGAAAUUACCGGAAUGUUCAACCUACGAUCAAGAUGUUGAGGCUGAGCUGGUCCGAAUGCGGGAGAAAUACUCCCACUCUGAAUCCGAAAGCAAUUUGCAGGUCGUCAACCGCCAGUUGAACAUAUGUGCCAAGGAGAAAAUCGAUCUGACAGGACCAGAAAUUCCGGAGGGAGACGAGUUCAGAGCAUAUAUUUCCACCGCAACGUCACAGCCUGUUCCAAUGGCAAUGGUGUCGCGGCGGCCAUAUGCCUACUUUGGCUCAAAAGACGAGUGUGUCCCUCAAAACGAGGCCUGGCUCUCCCUGAUUCGGAAUGCGAAACAAAGCAUCUUCAUCCAAACCCCGGAUCUGAACGCUGCACCGCUUCUCCCAGCGAUGGCGUCUGCCUUAAAACGUGGUGUUGAAGUAGUGUACUAUGUAUGCUUUGGGUACAAUGACCUUGGAGAGAUGAUCCCCGGGCAGGGCGGCACAAACGAGCAAGCGGCGAUCUCGCUCAUCAACUCUCUACCACGCGAUGGGCCGGAGCGAGAUCUCCUCCACAUCUACAACUACGUCGCGAAAGAUCAAGACCACCCGAUCCAUCACCGCUUCAAAACACGCUCAUGUCAUAUCAAGUUGCUCAUUGCGGAUGGCUGUGUUGGGAUCCAGGGUAGCGGCAAUCAGGAUACGCAGUCAUGGUUUCAUAGCCAGGAGGUCAAUAUCAUGGUGGAUAGCCGAGAGAUUUGUCAGAAGUGGAGAGAGGCUAUUGAUAGGAACCAAAACACGGGCCGGUUCGGACGGGUUGCCAAAGAUGGAAUCUGGAGAGAUCAGCAGGGUAACCCGGGGGCUGGGUAUAGCGGUAAUCCGGGAUUCUUGGGGGGUCUUGUGAAGGGUACAAUUGGGAUGGUGUUGAAGGCAGAAGGAUUGGGUGGGUUUUAGUAGAAUUUAAAAAGGGGGUACUCAUGGGCAAGAGUAUGAAGUAUUGAGGAGGAGGUGCGUUGAAGGUCCCGUAUCAAGUUGAGCUUCCACAGCAGGGUCUGUCCAACAGUGAACGAUAGGUAGCUCUCCCAAUCAGAUUAGACUCGGAGCUUCUCAUCCGGCUCUGUAAGUAAUUACCACUAGUCACAAGGCACGGGGGCUUCUUCCAGAAUAUCCAAGGUUCAGCCACUUGCAGGCUCCUUCUGGCGGUGUGGCGCGCAAGAAACAAGCUUUCGCAGCAAUGUGACCCCAAUCCGCCACAAUAUUUCUCGACCGUUGAAAUGUA